AUGCAAAGUCGAGUCAAAAUGGAUCAAUCAAUUGAAAAUUUCACGAACUUCCUCGAGGAGGUACCAGACGAGACGCCAAGUGCUGUCAACGACGUGCAGGUAAAAUCCGAGUCAGCGGAUUUGCCUAAGGAACCCGAGGAGGACUCGCUGGAUGGACCAGACUUGGAAGAUUCUGAUGAUGACGCACAGUCUGGCGAUGACGAGAGCUCUGCCAACGCUGAAGGCUCUUCUGGCGAGGAUUUUGAAGCCACCCCAGGAAAUUCCGACAAUGACAGCGAGUGGUCGCCACAGAAAACAAAGAUGGGGCCCUCAAGCAAGCCCAGCAAGCAAAGACAGAAGGAAAAACCCUCAACCUCAUCAAGCUUGAACGCCACAGUCAAGUCUUUGAUGAAAUGCGACAUACUGAGCGCGAAUGGGAAUGAAAAUGAUAUGCAGCAAUUUGCCCCUGUGUCCACGCUUAGGAACAAGGCGGAAGCGCUCGCCGAGGAGGUCGCAAAGCUCUCGAUUGACGACCAACCGCAAGCUAAGAAGGACGCUGCAGCACUGAUUGAGGCCUCGAAGAAGUUCGAUCCUUCGGCCAAAAUUUUCGACAUGAACUGGAAAGUUGAGGGUCUGAAGACGUUGCUGAAACACCAUCAGCUCAAGGCCGCUGCUUGGAUGUUCAAUCGCGAACGUUCAGAGGUGGAGCCUAAUGGAGGCUUGCUCUGCGACGAGAUGGGCCUGGGAAAACAAAUUUCAUCUCGUCGAAAAGCCCCGACGCUGAUCAUUGUUCCCAGGAGCUUGGUUACACAGUGGCUCGAACAAAUCAAGCUGCAUUGUGCGGAAAAAAUAAGCAAAGACGUUCUCGAGCAUUACGCCGGUGCACGAACGGGCCAGCGUGAUGUUGCGAAGGUGAUGCGAAAAACGCUUAUCGUGAUUACCACAUAUGAGGAGGUCUGCGGUUCGCAUCCGAAGUUGAAGCCUCCAGUAACGCUCAAGUCUCCCGAAGAGAUUGAGGCCUGGAAGGAAAAGGAAUACAAACGCAGAGCUGGACCUUUCCAUAAGGUUGACUGGCACCGGAUUAUCCUUGAUGAAGCUCACGCCAUCAAAAACAAAGAUUGUGCGACCUCUAUCGCCGUUCGAGCCUUGCGCGGCAAAUUCAAAUGGGCUGUCAGCGGGACACCUUUGCACAAUGGCGUGGAAGAACUUUACCCAUAUCUGCAUUUCAUCUUUACAUCGGAAAGGAUGGAAUACGAGACUUUCUUGAAAAAAUACUCCAAUGGUUUGGAUAAAGUCCUUGAAACCGUGCUGCACCGCAGUACAUACAGCACUCGGAUACUUGGCAAGCCGAUCGUCACGCUCCCAGGGAUCAACAAUCGAGUGGUGGAGGUCGAACUUUGCCAAGCUGAAAAGCUUCUUUACAGGGAGAUUCAAGAUCUUGGCAUUGCAAUGAUCAAUGGGUUGGCUGGUACGAAACAAAAACAAAGCAAAUGCAUCUUCGCCGUGAUAACAAUUCUGAGAAUGUUCGUGAGCCAUCCACUCCUCGCCGAAAAGACUCUCGAAGCCGUGCUCGAUCAACGUGUGAUCGGAGAGCUUAAAGCCAUGGCAGAAGCAGAAGGUGUGGCCGAAACUCCAUCAGGAAUCAUCAUCGACUUGAUCCUCGCUGUCGGAGACAAGGUUCCUUCCCGGCCAAGGCCUCCAGGGGACUUUCCCAAGCUUCUUGAACUAUUUCACAAUCAUCUCAUGCACAUCCGUCAACAAGAUGGAAUGUUUGAAAAGUUUCUGCGUAUGAAUUGCCCUCGUUGCGAGAAUCUCGUAACGGAGGAAGAGCCAUUCGUUGUUACCUCUUGUCUACACGUUUACUGCAAAGGCUGCUUUGAUGAACUGCCCGGCCAAGAUGGAAAAACCGACACCAUCACCUAUGUCUGCACCUCAUGCAAAACAUCCAUUGAGGAGGCCGGAUAUUCCGACGAUUCACCAAAGGACUCACCAAAGAAGGGGUCACCAAAGAAAAGCUCACCAAAGAAGAGAAAGCAGUCCAAGCCGAAGGAAAAGGGCAAGAACGUCUUCAAAAAGCGCCCACAAAAGUCAUUCAAAAAGCAAGUUCUACUAAGAGAUCCAUCAGAUGAUGAGUGGGAUGAGCCCAGUGAGGAUGAGGGUGAUUGGAUUUCGCGUAUCGGGGAUCGUAUGCCAUCGGCAAAGACCACAGCCGUUCGGGAUAUCGUCACGAGUUGGGUAAAAGAUGACGAGGAAGUUAAGAUCGUCAUCUUCGUCCAGUUCCUAAAGACAGUCCAACUUCUUCAGCUAAUGUGCGAGAAGGAGGGCUGGAAAUACACAGUCAUUACAGGGAAGGUAUCCCCCAUCUCGCGCGACGAACGGAUUGAACAAUUCAGCAAGGAAAAAGACAUCAAGGUCAUGAUUUCCUCCCUCAGGACUGGCGGCGUUGGUCUCAAUUUGACCAUGGCUAACAAGUGCAUCCUCGUGGAUCCUUGGUGGAAUGAAGCUAUCCAGGACCAGGCCUACUGUCGGCUGUACCGCAUUGGACAACCACGUCCAGUGGAAUACGUCCAACUUGUGGCAAAGGUAUCCAUUGACUUGUGGAUGAUGAGUUUGCAGGACGAAAAGACCCGCAACAUCCAUCAGCUGUUCAGCAAGGAGGCACUAAAGGAGAUACUCGGUGUCUCCGAGGACGUCAGCGAAGAGCCCAAUGGUGGGUUUUUGAUUCCCGCUGGAAAGGGAAACAAGCAUACCCAGAGCUGGAGACAGGCCGUGGAAUCAGGGGUUCUUGACGAGGUGGAUCCUUCGGAAGAAGAUUAG